AGGAGGCAGCAUCAGAGGGCGGAGCCAACACCUCCAACAGCCAAUCAGAGAACAGGAACAUCCUGCCACAGACGGAGGCGGGGCCAGAGCCAACAGAACCGUCAACAGAACCACCAACAGAACCAUCAUCAGAACCGCAGUGUGUAAUAUGCUAUAAUAAUUUGCACUAAUGUUAUCCACUCCGUAAAAUAAAUAUGAAGUAUGUGCUGGUGGGCGGGCUCAGCUGCUCUCAGCUUGUUGCUGUAAUUUCCGGUGCGCCACAAGGGGGCAGCAUCCUCUCACCUGUUGGCUACUUGCUGAACCAGACUCCGGUAUAUUUCCCGCUAAUUUAACAACUUCCGCCUGUUAAUCAAACCUAUUGAUCUACGCCUGUGAUCACAUGAAACAAACACCACGGACAACACCUGAGGACACGUGCAGCAGGCCUGCAGGGGGCAGCAGCGGCUGCUUGUGGAGCAAAAGCGGAACUCUUGUGUUUGUCAUGUUUCCUUCGGACUUCUGCAGCGCGGGACCGGUGUUCAGAAGAGAGCUGAUGACUGACUACUGAUCAGAGGACCGUGAUGCAGUGCGGCUGGCUUCAUUCAGGUCCGCAGCUGUGGCUCCGCUGCGUCCACAGACAGGUGAGGGUGACGGCGGGAAAGCAGCGGGAGGAGCACAGCGGCUGGCUGCUGACCGUGGACCCGGUCUCCCACAGUGUGGCUCUGGUGAGCUUCGGGGAGGUCGGUGCGUCGGUCCGGGUGGUUCUAGGUCACGCCGUGGAACACGUGGAGGUUCUGCAGGAACCGGAUCCGGACACUGAGGAGCGGCUCCGCUCACUCCUCCCGCCUCCGGAGACCGGUGGCCCGGAUCCGGACGAGCGAUUCCGGAGGAGGUCUCGAGUCCGCCGCUGGCUCCAGCAGAACCGGGUUCCGGUGGAGGAGGAUGGGAACGAACUUCGGGUCGCCCGUGUUCUGACCAUCCGGUCCCCAUAUCGACCCGACGACUGCAGCAGCGCCAACCAGAUCAUCCUGGACCGGGUCCAGAGACUGCUUCGGGUCCAGCCCGACCAGGUUCCAGAUGGACCCGUUCCACCUGGAACCAGUGACGGAUUAUAAAGGGCAUUGAGACGAAUCCAGAGCGGUUCUGGUUCAGUCUGGCUUUAGAUGAGCCGUUUCUACCAAACAAGUUUCUGGACCACAGUGGAUCUAUCAGAAGCUCCUGAACAGAACCAGGUGGAAACGGGUCACGCAAUCGGGUGCGUUUAAAUCUGAAGCCCCGCCCUUUCCUGCUGGUCUCCUCCAAUCAGCUGAUCAUGAAUCAGUUUAGUUUGAACCCUUUCAAACCAAUCUGACUUUCCGGUACCGUUGUGUUUCUCUGGACCUGUCAGCUAGUUGGGUUAAAAGUUCUCCAGAACCGUCCCACGGACAAUGCGGUCCCGAUUGAUCAAAUAAAUCAGAUUCUACCAUUAA